AUGGGAUCCGGGACAAGCAAAGGCGCAGAGCCGCGCGCCGCCCCGCGUUGCACGGCCGCCUGCGAUACCGCAGGUUGCAGCCGCAGCCACAGCCACGACCGCGACAGUAUCUGCAGCCACGACCGCGAAAGUAGCCGCAGCCGCAGCCGCGAAAGUAGUCGCAGCCGCAGCCGCAGUCAGGAGCGGGGGAAGGAAGAGGCGUCUGCCAAAAAAAAAAGUGAAUUUUAUCCGCAGCCGAUCUUUGUGCUUCGGACGGCGCCGUCGCCCCUCGCGCCGCUCAAGCCGGCGCCCAAUGAAUGCUUCACAGGCUCCUUUCAGUGUUUGAAUGAAAAUAAUUGGGCCCAACGUGCUGCGCCGCUGCGCGAGGUGGAAGAGUCGUUUCCCUCCGAUGCAAACAUGCAUGAGGAGGCGGCGGUCAACACGCAGCAGUGCUCACCGCCCCUGCCGCUCUGGGGGCGGCCCACGUCGCGAAGUGACAUCUGCAGCUGCGAAGUCGACGACAACGAGGCGAGCUCUUCCACCCAGCCACUCGCUGUGGAUGAGAAAAAGCGGAGCAUGCUCUCACGCAGCAGCCGAAGCCACAGCCACGAGUUUCGGCGCAGUGGCACGCGGGUGCUGAUGAAGAGCUCCACCGCCAUUGCCCCGGCCCACCACAACAACCAAAUCGACUCCGUGCCGAGCAUCCUGCGGCGUGUGAGCGGCGUUGGGCGCACCCGCAGCGAGCGCAACCUUCCGGCGUUUGCCUCGCGGGAGGAGGGGUGGAACGAGGAGGACGACGACUCCUUCUUUACCACCGCCUUUUCAUUAGACGGCUCCCGCGUGGAGGCGGUGUCGCUGGAGGAUGUGGAUGAGUCGGAGCAGGGGGAGUUGCGGCGGGUCGUGGCGCUGGUCAAGGAGAUGAGAGAGUAUCGGUCCAAGAUGGCCUUAGCCGCCGCUCCCGCCUGA